AUGGAUAACGCGGAUCUAGAGUCCCUAAAACUGGUUCCCGGUCGUCUGAAUCCCAAGUUCUCAGCGUCCCUAACAGAGUACAAUGUGUUACUCAGCAGUGCGGCUACACAAGUGCGGGUAGAAGGCCUGACUGCAGAUAGUGGAGCUAGUUACAGUGUUAAAGGUGCUGAGGGGGAACGAACUGUGCCGCUUAAUGAGGGUAUCAACUACGUUCACAUUGAGGUCUCCGCUAUUGACGGCACCACCAAAAAUUACACAAUAACUGUCACUAAACUAGCUGCUAACCUAGCUGAGCUGCUAAAUCUGAAUCUGGUUCCUGGCAGGUUAGACAGAGCGUACCAGAAGAAGAUAAGUGAGUAUUACGCUACACUUGGGUGGGCGGUUAAUCAGGUGACAGUGAAGCCGGUGAAGCAGGACCCUAAGAUGACGGUGGAUAUAGACGGGAACCCUCCAGCGACUCCAGUACAGCUGCAGAGCAUGGAGACCACAGUUAAAAUCAAUGUUUUGUCCCCAGAUCAAAGUACCACGAAAGUCUACACGCUGCACCUGCUGAAAGAGGAUACUGGUUACAGACCAGAGACCGCUAAGACUGAUUUGUUGUGUGGAGUUUGCUCGAGUUUGUAUCAGUGCCCAAGGAGACUGCUCCAGUGUUCUCACAGUUUCUGUACGGUUUGUCUGGCUGUGAGUCAGCGGACUGAUAAGAAAUGCCCAACGUGCAGCGCUCCCCCACCCGUUGAUCCACCGUUUGAUGAUGUUGACAGUGAGCUGCGUGAAAAACUCCUCUCUGUGGAAGUGCUGUGUUUUUAUUGCGGCACUGGUGUGGGUAGUCCCGGACUCUUAGAACACGCUGUGGAAUGUUCUGAGAGACUGGUCACGUGUCCCACAUGUGAUCAAGACGUGAAAUACAGCACUUUAGAACACAGUGAUUGCACUGCGUCUUGUAAACUGUGCGGAAAGAAGUACUUGGCGGAGGAGGAGGAUAUCCAUUCUAAGAUGUGCCUUCAGGGAGAAAGUCUUCCAAACAUUGAGCUCACAGAUUACAAGGCAGGAGUCAGUGAUUGGGAAAAGAAGUUGAGAGUUGAUACCGCAGAUGAUUUCAAAGAGCUUUAUGAAUCGGGGGAGAAGUGGGAGAAGGAGUACCACAAAGUUCGCUCCACCACUUCUGAUGUCGUUGAAGUGAAGAAGAGGUUGGAAAGUGCUGCCCAUGCCUAUGCUAAUGCUGUAGUUGCAAACUCCAAAUCUUAUAAUGCACAUAGCAGAUUAGGUAUUGUGUUGGAAGAGAUUCAUUAUGUUGAGGAUUUGAUGGCAAAGCUAAAAAAGGAAAAGGUUGACGCAUCAGCAUCAAAUAAGGAAGCAAAGGACAGCAGCAAGUUCGAAGAAAUUGACGCUAUUUGCCAAUUACAUGGAGUAGCUAAAACAGCACCACUCAGUGAAAAACUCAAGGCAAUCGACAUGGAGUACCAUUCGUUAAAAGAAAAAGGAGACUCCUUCAGAGCUGAUCGAGUUCAAGAACUUUACGCCUGGAAAUCCAAACAGGCUACAACAGCAGAAAAGAUUUCGCUCAUAGCUGGAAGUGAUGAAACAUACCUCGGCAAGGCAGGGAGAAAGUACGAGGACGCAGUAUCAAAGGAACCUUCCUCGUUUAGUUGCAAUUACUUGCUGGGAUGGAGCUACCUCCAACAGUUCAGAUAUGAAGAAGCAGUUACAAGAUUCCGGGUCUGUAUCGGUGCCAAACCUCUCCUCAAACAUGUUAGAUAUUUGCUGGGGAUAGCGUUGUCAAAGUGUCCUGGAGAUGAUCACGAGGAUGAAGCUAUCAGGUAUCUCAAGCAGGGGGUACUGUCUUACCAACACUGGAUAUCAUGCCAGAAAAGAGAGGGGGCUAACAGAAGUCAAGUAAUGGCAGCUGAAACUGAGUUCUCAUUAUACAAACCUCAAUAUUUGCGUGGCUUCAUAUAUCUUGCUCGACUCACGGAUAGUAAGGAGGAGAAGAGAAAACUAUUGCUUUCAGUAGUCUACUUGGUGCCAAGAAUCCUUCAAACUUUGGAGCAAAGAGGCCAAACCUACAAGAGCAUAGAGGCCGUUCAGUUUUCUGCCAUGGAUAAACUUCUCUCAAUCGUGGAAAAGGACGAAAUACAGACGUUUUGUAAGAGACUUAGUGCUCUUUUAUCUAAAAGUCCCGACUCAGGGAACAGAAAGCUACUUGAGCUACAAGUUGAGACUAGCAAGAAGUGUGUCGUGGUAGAAGCAAGCAAUGGUCAGUCUCUCACCACUCUUGGAGAUUCGUUGCUAACCUUGUAUGAGAUGACUGAUUCGAAAACACUGUUGAAAGAGUCAGAACAGUGUUUCCGUGCUGCUAUUCAAGUUGAGGGCAAGGCGAUCAAGUCUGAAGCCGUUCCCGAGCAAGUGAAAGAAAUGCAGUGGUAUAAAGAGAAAACUGGUGUUAAAUCUCCCCCUGCUGCAGCUGGAAAGGGGGCCAGGGGAGGUCCUGCUAAAAGAGGAGCCCCCGCUGCGAGAGGUGCUGCAAAGGGAGGUGCAGCAAGAGGUGGUGCAGCAAGAGGUGGUGCAGCAGCUGGGAAAGGUGCAGCACGUGGCCGUGGUGGAGCUAGAGGCGCUGCAGCAGGAGCAGCACGUGGAGGCAAAGCUGCACACAGUUGUGUCCCUGCUAAGGGUGGUAAGGAAGAAAAGAAACCAGAGACAGAGCCAGGGAAUGAAACAGGUCCUUUAAACGAGAAGAGUGCUGGACCCAGAUUAGGGCUGGCCAGAGUGUUGAGUCUGAAUGAUGGAAAUAACGUUGAGGAGAGGAAGGCACUUUAUAACGAGGUUAUUGUGAUAGCGAGUGGUUUACAUGAUGCGUAUAUUGAACUGGGUGAGCUGUGUCGGGGCACCAUGGAGGCUGUGGAUGUUUACGAUAAGUUCCCCUUCAGCGAGGAGUUGACAUUCGAUGAUGCGUACAUUUUUGGAGAAAUGGUUCAAAUUCUUAUGAAGCUGGAGGAAUUUGAUGAUCCCCGACUGGAGAAGUCCCUGAUGGGAUAUGGAAGUGUCAUGGGGUGGAACAGCCUGGAAUCCUACGUUCCAAAGCUUGAGAAUGCUUUUAAAACAGCUUUGUUGAGGAACGUGUAUUGUCAUGUCAACAAGAAAUGCGCGGAGGAUGAUGAUGUUAAGCAGUAUUUCAAGAUUAAACUGUGGAACUGAAAUGUUGUUAUCUUCUGGUAAACUGUAACUUAGAAUAGGUUAGAUUAGGAGAUUAUUUUCCAGGGAACUUGUUCUGUAUUAGUUAACUUUGCAUGUGUGAUUCAUUAUGAUUACAUAUUAUAUAAUAAUAUGCUAAUUUUGCACUUUAAAACUUGAAUAGAAUUCAGUACCUUGAGUGAACUUUGUGUCACCCAAGUAUUUUUGUUAAGAGUAAAAAAAUGUUAUUAAUUUCGUUACAAUCGUUACUCAGUCCAUAUUGUAAAUAUUCAAUAAUUUAUAUUAAUGGUAAGUUUAAAUGUAAAUAAUUUUUAUUGAACUUGUUAAGCAUUUUGUACAGGUGUGUUUAUUUUCAGCUCAAAGUUUGUCAGUCUUAAAUUAUUCAACCACAAUGGUUUAUGGUUAUAAUAAUAUAUAUUUAUUUCCCAAUUGAAUAUUGUAGAUAUUUUUGUAAAUAAGAAUAUUAAAUUUAAAUCAGUAUAAUACAUAUCAAAUUUUUACAUUUUUCUACGGAUUGAGAAUAAUUAUUAUCAGGAAUGAAAUUCGCUUUAUACUUUUUU